AUGGUGUUCAUUGACAUGGAGAAAGCCUAUGACAAAGUACCGAGAGAAUUUCUAUGGAGAUGUUUGGAGGCUGGAGGUGUGCCUGUAGCAUAUAUUAGAGUGAUUCAGGACAUGUAUGAUGGGGCUAAGACACGGGGAUCAGCACUCAGCCCGUUUUUGUUUUCCCUAGCGAUGGAUUCUUUGACGCGUCACAUCCAAGGGGAGGUGCCUUGGUGCUUGUUAUUUGCGGAUGACAUAGUCCUGAUUGAUGAGAGGCGAGGUGGCGUUAACGAAAGGCUGGAGGAGGCGGACGGGGAUGUGAGACUCGAUACGCAAGUCAUUCCCAAGAGAGAGAGUUUCAAAUAUCUGGGAUCUAUAAUUCAGAUGAAUGGGGAGAUAGAUGAGGAUGUUACUCACCGUAUCGGAGCAGGAUGGACAAAGUGGAGGCUCGCUCUCGGUGUCUUGUGUGAUAAGAAUCAUAUGAAAGUAGCGGAAAUGAGGAUAUUGAGAUGGAUAUAUGGGCAUACUAAAUUGGAUAGAAUUAGGAAUGAAGUUAUUCGGGACAAGGUGGGAGUGGCCUCUGUGGAGGCAAAGAUGCGUGAGGCAAGGUUGAGAUGA